UAGCACCCUUGCCCAAUCAUUAACAGACAGACCACUCUAGCAGUGGUUGCAUCAAAUUCACGAAUGUUUUCUCGACACGAGAUAUGUAGAAAAGCGCAUCAUACCUACACUAGGAUAUAGCAACUCUACUCCUUUGGUCCAAUAGCUGAAGAAUUACUCCUUUCAUCCCGUUCCUGAGAAUCGCGGGUUAUAAUUGUGACGACGUCGAAGAACGAAUUCCGGUACGCAUUACUAGCCCCACCUCCUCCACUCUAUAUCUCGACGCACUUUCGCACUUUCACAAUUUCGCAAGUUGCCGAACCUACCGAUUUAGUAACAUGUGUCAUGAGCCAUUCAUUGGCUUCAGGUGACAAGAAAGGAGGUCGCACAGCAGGCUGGAUGAUGGGCUCAACGGGCUUCAAGCAGUCAGCGGAAGCGAGAUGACGCAAGAUGCGGACCCACAAUGGCUAUUACCUUUCUAACACUGGUCAGUCUAACUGGCGGAGCCAGUUAAUGGGGUAUGACCCACUAGACUACGAUUACACUCCGAAACUUGACGAACGACUGUUUCUUUCAUUUCAUUUCAUUCCACUGCAUUCAUGCUGGCAUAUUCAUUCCAUUACAUUGCAAUUUAGUGGGGAAAUUAUUACACUGGUGUUCAUUCCGGGUGUCUACGUCACCUUUAUUCCCCAAGGAAAAUUGUGUUGUCAACCAGAUAUCUUUGUACACACGGAGGCUGCGGCACCUUUAACUUUGUCUAGUAAAACGGAGAGAAGACACGAGGCUAGUGGUGUGAGUAUACAGGGUGGGAAUACUACAAUCAUGGAGGAUCUACCUUGGUGGUCUAUGAGGGGGGAUCCUGAUGUAGGCAAGCAGUGCGUGGCAGCGCAUUUGUAUAAUUGGCGUGUGUUCAGCUUGUUGGAGGUGAAAGAAGGCAUGGAGGUGAUGAGAAGGAAGGCUCGGGAUUCGGACCCGCAUGGAGUGGGGUACGUCCAGAUGAUGUGGUAUGUGGAUGACGAGAAGGCGGCCGAGUCUUUGAAGACGUUGGUGACGGGAACGAUGGAUGCAAGCAACACAGUGCGCUACUGGACUUGUGUAGAGUCUUAUGACGGGUUUUCGAAGAAGGUUGGGUCAAUUCUUGUCGUGCUGGGCUGUUCUCAGCCUAAAGCCUUGUCGUUGUGGCAGUCUAUCCUGGAUGGAGAGGAGAAGGGAUUGAUUCGUAAUGGUCAGGCGAUGGUACGAUUUGGCAUGGAUGAAGAGCAAUGGAAGGAUGAUAUCCUUAAUCAGGGGUCUCAGUAGGUAUCGGCGUUGCGGAAAUAGGCUCGGGGGGGUACAGUCACCGCAAGUGGUUCGGAUACUAAAUACAGCUCUAGCACAUUGAUGAU